AAAUCAGACGUCAUUGUUGUUCAUCACCUGGCUGUCACAUCUGUACUUCUCCGCCUUUACUAAUGCCACCCCACCAGUUUUGUUUCCCCGCCUUUCAUUCUAUCAAUUGCCUUGGUGUACUCAAAGCCUGUCAAUCACAACGCAAAUUCAGCUUAUUUUACAUUCAUAUAUGAUGACGUCACCGUCUCUGGCGCUGUGAGCCCAGGCACCGCAGUGCGCUUGCUCCAAGUGGUGGUAGAAUUGCUCCUGACACACAGUGCUGAAGGGUUAGGGUCGGUAAAGAGUCAGCGUCUGUAUAGUUUCGCUCGUAUCGCUGCUUCUGCUUUAACACUGCAAUUUCAAAAGCAGCAUUUUAUCUUCUGCAGAAUUGUUGCGUGCCGGAAGAAAAUGAUAUGCUUGUAAAUAAAGUCAAAAAGUGAAAAUGGCUACCAAAUCUUGUCCCGAAUGUGAUCAACAGGUUCCUGUUGCAUGCAAAUCGUGUCCUUGUGGAUUUGUAUUCAUUAGCCGGAGACUGCUGAACGCCAAACAAGCUGAAAAAUUAUCUGUUUCAGAAAACAAGUUAGAAGUCAAGAGGAGACGGACAGAAAGAGUAAGAAGGAACUCUGUCAAUACUAAAGAUUUUGAAAAUCGAAAAAGGUCACGGUCAAACAGCCAUUCAGAGCAUAUUCGACGAGGAAGAGGAAGGCCCAAGACUGUGCCAGUAAAAAAGCAAGAUGAAGAAAAAGAAAAACAAGAAAGGGAAGUUGAUUUGUAUGCCAACCUCUCUGAUGAAAAGGCAUUUGUAUUUUCAGUGGCACUGGCAGAAAUUAACAGAAAAAUUCUAAAUCAGAGACUUAUCUUAUGAUCCACUUCUGGGGCCCAGCUACAACUCUGCACAGAUAGGCCUUUGCAGAGCUAGUGGUUUGUGUGGUCAGCCACAUAAGUCAUGGAUGCUUGAGUGUAUUUCAGGCAAGCUGAUUAGGAGUACAACACAUGGUAAUCUGCAAGACCAAGUACUGCUCUUCGAACAUAGCAGGUGUGUUACGCAUUUCCAUGUUAUGCUGGAUAAGACGAUGUGUGACUGCAGAAGAGGAAAGUGAUAUUAUCCAAAAGAAGAUGAAAUGUGGCCUUGGCAAUGCCUCAUAUUGUCGCAUUUCUGCUUUACAGAGAAUAUUACAAACAUUAAUUUACAGCUGAAAAUAAUGCACAAAGACAGAAUAAUAUGUUGAUAUUGUUUUUGUCUCACUUUAAAUGUAUUUAUGAAAUGGCAUUUUGCAUACAGUUGUUAAUCCUAGCAUUUGGAUGCAGUGGGAUUCACAACACUGUUUUCUAUUUUGUAAUUAAAUAAUUUGUUUUGUAAAA